AUGAGAAAUGCAAUUGAUAAAAAUAAAUGCCGCUCUCCUAUUAGUUUUUCUAAAAGCACUUAAAAGUCAAGGCUUGAACUUUUGAGUCUCUGUAAGCCUAAUAUUCAACAUAUUAAUACAAAACUUAAUUCUACUCUUUCUCCUCAGCAUAUAUAGCCUAAAAUAAAGCAAUCUUAAGAUAGCUAAUAAAUUCAAAGCCCUUCUAAAACAAACAAAUUUUUUGUAUUUAAUUCUUAAAAUAAUCAGUCACCAAAGACCAAAAAUAACAAAUCGAGUUAUUAAUUAGAAAAGAAUUAAUUUUAGUAAAAAUUUAAUUUAUCAAAAAUAGAAAGCUCAUUUUAGCAAAAAUCAUCUUUUGAUAAGAAUUCUUAAUAAAGAAGGGAUCAUUAUUUAAUUAAUAAAAAAUAUAAAACUUAAGAUGAUGAUAAUUUAAAAAGUGAUGUAGAAUCAGAAGAAGAAAUUUCAAUAUGGGAAGAAAAUAAACUUAAAACUUAAUUUAUUGAUAGUAGAGGAGGAUAGUUAGAUUUUUACUAAAUUUACAGAUUGCGCUCUGCUUUAUACUAAUAAACUUGUGAGUCUCCCAUAAAUACUAUUUAAGAUGUAUAAAUUUUAUCAUAGCAUUUUAAUAAAGAAAUACCAAUAGAGUAGUUAUAAUAACAACAAUCAUAUCUUGAUAAAUACUAUGAAAUUUAGAAAAAAAAUUACGCUAAUUAACAAUAGUAAAAUAAACAAAAUUAAUAGAAAUUUAUUAAAAAAUGUUAAACAUAAAGAAUUGAGAGAUCUAAAACUUCAUAUGAAAAAAAUGAAUUUAAUUCUACCAAGUAAAAACAAUAGAUAAGUAAAUAAUAACAAAAAAAUUUAAGUAAUAAACCUCAAAAAGAAUUACUCCAUGAUUAAUUUGAGAAAAUUCAAAAAUAUUUAUAAAACAAUGAUCUUUAAAAAGAAAAAGAAAAAAAUUUAUAAUGCGAAUCUUAUUUAUCACAAGAGUAGCAUAGAUAAUAAUAUAAUUCUUAAAGAAGACAUAAAAUUAAUAUUUAUUAAGAAUAAAUUUCGAAGUUGAUACAAACCAAAAUAGUUCCAGUCAGAUAUAUAGACCUAACGGAUGAUGAUGAUGAUUAUGAUGAUGAUGAAGAUGAUGAUGGUUAUAAUUGUCAAUACACAAAUCAAAACAAAAUCCUUGAUAAUGCUUUUUCUGAAUAUUAUAACAAAUAAGAAUUAUAAAAAGAGUAUAAAAACACUGAAAUAGAUAUAAGUACUGAUGAUAAGUAACUAAUUUUGAAAAAUGAAAAAUAAUUAAGUAACUAAUAAUUUACAGAAACCGGAAAAUCAAUACUUUCUAGUCUGUAAAAGACAAUCUCUUGCUAAACCAAUUGCAGCUAAAAAAAUUUUUCAAAUACUAAAUUAAAUAAUCUAACAAAAAAAUCAAUAAAUUAGAAUUUAUGUAAAUGA